CAUACGAGCGCACACACUCACACACACACCCACACACACAUACUUUUAACAUUAGUUUACACACACAUAUUCAAGGGAGACCACACGGUGGACCACAGCUGGUCGCAGGAUGGGCAGGAUCAUCUUCUACGAGGACCCAAGCUACCAGGGUCGCAGGUACGAGUGCGACGGCGACUGCACCGACUUCCACUCCUACCUGAGUCGCUGUAACUCGGCUCGAGUGGAGAGCGGGACCUGGGUGAUCUACGAGAGACCGAACUACAUGGGCUACCAGUACGUCCUUGGCAGAGGCGAGUACCCCAACUACCAGAGCUGGAUCGGCCUCAACGAUAGGGUCUGCUCCUGCAAGAUGAUUAACAUCGCCAGUGGAGACCCUUACAAGAUCCAGCUCUAUGUCAAAGGGGACUUUGCCGGUCGGGUGUUUGAGGCGACUGACGACUGCCCCUCCGUGCUGGAGAACUUCCACUGGAGGGAGGUCCACUCCUGCAGGGUCCUGGGAGGCUGGUGGGUCUUCUACGAGCACCCUAACUACAAGGGCCGGCAGUACGUGCUGGAGAAAGGCGAGUACCGCAAGCCGGUGGACUGGGGCGCUGUCUGCCCCACUGUACAGUCUUUCAGAAGGCUAACUGAGUAGCUAAUCUCCUUUUUCUUUUGCGCCCUGCUGAUUGGCUCACAGAUGUCACAGCAGCCAUGGCUUCAAUAAAACUAAAUGAUGAGAAA